CGCCUCUUCCCUCCGCGUGUCCCGCUUCUUCCUUGGAGGAUCGGCGCUGGAUCCCUCGGGAGAGGCUGCUGGGUCCCGCUCGGGACAGCAGGAAAGCAACUGUCACCAAAGAUUUUCCUGCAACUCAACUAUCAACAGAUAAUAGUAAAUCAGCUUAAGACAUCAACCACCAAAACACAUGGAGCCUGGGAAACUGUUGGAUCCCCCGUCACACACAAGCAGCACUCCGAAAAACCACAAAAAACCUCAUGAAUGCUCAGAGUGUGAAAAAUCCUUUACUCGCAAGUCCCUCCUUUUGACCCACAGGAAGGUCCAUGUCGGAAGUGGAUCCAGUAAAGAUCUUGAGAGUGAGAAAUACUUCCCUGGAAAAAACUCCAAAGAUCUCGGAAGCCCCCCCAGACUAAAAUCCCAUAAAUGUGAGGAAUGUGACUCAUGCUUUAGUCGAAGAUCACACCUUCGUAUACAUCAGAAAAUCCACACUGGAGAGAAACCUUAUGAAUGUCUGGAAUGUGGGAAUUUUUUCCGUGAGAAAUGCACUCUCAGAAACCAUGAGAGGAUCCACACAGGGGAGAAACCUUACAAGUGUUGGGAAUGUGGGAAGUGCUUUGCUCAGAACUCAAGUCUUUGGAUCCAUGAGAAGGUUCAUGCGGGAAUAAAAUCUCACAAGUGCUUUGAGUGUGGAAAAUGUUUCAUCCAGAGGUCAUCUCUUCGGAGUCAUCAGAAAAGGCACAGAGGGGAGAAAAACGAAAAGUGCCUCGAAUGUGGGAAAUGUUUUCCCACAAAAUCAUCCCUGCUGCGACAUCAGAAACUCCACACUGGAGAGAGACCCUAUGAAUGCCCAGAGUGUGAGAAAAGAUUUAUCUAUUCUUAUGAACUUCAAACACACCAAAAGAGUCACAAAGAGGAGAAACCCUAUAACUGUGGGGAGUGUGGAAAAAGUUUUAUUUCAUCAGGAGAGUUUCAGAUUCAUCAGAGAAUCCACACUGGGGAGAAACCCUACAAAUGUGAGGAGUGUGGGAAAUGCUUUUCCCAAAAACAGCACCUUGGAAGCCAUCAGAGGCUCCACACAGGAGAGAAGCCAUACAAAUGCGAGGAAUGUGGAAAAUCUUUUACUCAAAAGGGAAAUCUUUGGAGACAUCAUAAAACCCACACUGGGGAAAAGCCACAUCAAUGCAACGAAUGUGGACAAUUCUAUCGUACCAUAUCAGCCCUUAGAAGUCAUAUGAAAAUUCACACAGGAGAAAAAAAUUACAAAUGUUUGGACUGUGGGAGAGCAUUUGCUGAACCUUCUUCCCUUAGAAGUCACAGCCGAAUUCAUACAGGAGAGAAACCUCACAAAUGCGCAGAGUGUGAUAAAUGUUUUGCUCGGAAAGAUACUCUUGUGUUGCAUCAGCGAAUCCACACUGGAGAAAAACCAUAUAAAUGUCUGGAGUGUGGAAAAUGUUUUGCCCAACCUUCAGCACUUCGGAUGCACACCCGAAAUCACACAGGAGAGUAGCUUCACAAGUGUGUAGAGUAUGAGAAAUCAUUUCAUUGCAAAUCAAAGUUAAAAACACACCAGAAAGAGUUAAACCUGUUUAGUUGUGGACAAUGUGGAAAACGUGUUUUU